AUGGCUCCAUAUGAAGCUCUGUAUGGAAGGAAAUGCCAUUCUCCUAUCUGUUGGGCUAAGGUAGGUGACAGACCAUUAUUAGGCCCAGAACUUGUACAAGAAACAACUGAAAAUGUGAAAUUGAUUCAACAGAGGUUGCAAAUUGCACAAAGUUGCCAAAAGAGCUAUGCAGAUAUCCGACGACGAGAUAGAGAGUAUGAAGUCGGGGAUCAUGUGUUUAUAAAAGUGACUCCUAUGAAAGGGCAAACACAGUUUGGGGUAAAAGGCAAGUUGGCACAAAGAAACAUUGGGCCAUAUAAAAUCCUUGAGAAGAUUAAUUCAGUAACAUACCGGGUAGGCUUACCUCCGAUGAUGGAAAAUAUGCACAACGUUUUUCAUGUCUCAAUGCUUCGAGAUUAUUUACGAGAUCCACUCCAUGUAAUUGAACUGGCUCAGGUGCUUUUGAAAGAUGAUUAUACGUACGAAGAGAGGCCAAUACAGAUCAUUAACCGCCGAAUCAAGAGAUUGAGAAACAAGGAAAUUCCAUUAGUAAAAGUCGAUUGGCAGAAUCAUGGAGGGACCUAA